AUGUCAUGCACGUCCACGCCAGGUGGAAUCACUACCUGGCCCUGCCCUCUGCCAUACCCUGAGGUCUUCAAACGUGGAGCUUGUUCCCAUGUUCCUGAUGCUCAUUUGAAACGUUUGGUUUGCCUUCAGGUAGCAGUGCUCAAUUGGUUGAUGCUGGGUCGCGCUGAGGUGGCCCCUACUUCCUUGAGAUUAGGUACGAGGUUGACAGCUAGGCAGUGGACCGCUGUAAAGAUGUUGGAACACUUGGCUGUGGAUCGUAACUUUGCUGAAUUCGUUUCUGCCACUGACAUGGGUCGAAGUGCCAGCAAGGUCGAGGACUUCCAAGACUGCAUAGAUGUGCUGGCUCGAGCGGCUGUUGCUCUUCACUGUGAACGUGGUGGAUAUUUUUUUCUGAAGCCCAGCAAGACUGGUGCCUCUGAGGGCAUUUUGCCACUCAGAGCUGGGCAGUUUGAGGGAAGGCUCGACAAAGAUCCGGUGGUCACUGCAAAGCCGUUGGUUGCCAAUAGAUUGACCUUCCCUCCGCCUCCUGCCUUUGACCCAAGGCCUUUCUUCGACCAUGAGACUUUGGACCGCUAUGAGAAGCCGAUCACCCAUGGUCGAAAGCCUGAGGAACUGGACGAGGACCCUCCUCGAGUCACCGAGCGGGCAACGCACUCAGAGAGGUUGAAGCUCUACAAGAAAUUGGCAGAUUCUGGCAGGCUUAAACCUGUCAGCAAAGACACCUUCCAUGCGGGCUUCACUUCAGGGCUUUUUGCCGUUGUCAAAGAUCAGAACCGAGAUCGCAUGAUCUUGGAUUCGGAUGCAAGGCCAGCUAACAUGCUUAGCAAAGGGCAACAAAAGUGGUCUCAGACUAUGGCAUCAGGAAUGACACUGGCGUAUCUUCACCUUCAACCUGACGAAGUUUUGGUUGCUUCUGGCGAGGAUUUGAAGGACUACUUCUACCAGUUUGUUGUUGGGGAGGAGAGAUGCAGCAAGAAUGCCUUGGCCGUGCCCGUUCAGCAGUCCGAAGCCAGAGAGAUCUUCGGCCCGAACUUUCAGUGGAGUGAGGACCCUGUGGGAGUCAUUGUGGAUGACCUCAUUGUGCUGGAGCGCAUCACCAGAGCAUCCUUUGACGAGGGUGCCCUGACUGAAUCCGAGUCUCGGAUUGGUGCAGCGAGAGAAGCCUAUGAUGCCACGAUGUGGCCACAAGCCUUCAUUACGAUGAGGGUCGCAUCUUUGGGUUUGGCCAGCGUCGGCCUUUUGGAGGCCAUUGCUGGUUCUUGGGUGUCCAUACUGGGCAUCAGGCGGCGGCUCUACUCUGUGAUGGACAUCAUCUUCGAGCCCUUGUGCAUUGCUGACCAGAAGAUAGUUUUACGACUGUCGCCUGGGCUGGUGAGCGAGCUAGAAGCCUUGGUGGUGGUUGGUUCCCUGGCCGUGGUCAACUUGAGAGCUGACUUCUACUGCCAGAUCGUUGCCACAGACGCCUCUGGUGACUGCAUGGCUGGGGUUGCUGCUGAAUGUCCAGAAAAGGUCCUGCGAGAAGUGUCAAGGCAUUGCUUGCGAAAAGGGACAUGGACUAAGUUGCUGCCGCCGUCAAAAGCCCGAGAUAGGCUGCAUGGGCUUUUAGACCCCUCAGAUGAAGUUCCGGGUGACAAGCUCAAGGGCCACCCACUGUGGAACCUUUUAGCAAAAGCACUGCCUUUUUGUGAAGUUUGGCGUGAGAGGGUGUCCAAGCCUCUGCACAUCAAUGUGCUGGAACUGCGUGCCUACCUGAAGCACGAGAAGCGUAUUGCAAACCGCGGCACGUCACUACGGGUGCUCUCCGAGCUUGAGAGUCAAGCAGCGCUUGGGUCUCUGGUGAAAGGUAGGUCGUCAAGUCGUGCCCUGAACAGUGAGCUGCAGAGGUCGCUCGGUCACCAUUUUGGCUCGGAUGUCUCUGACUACCACAUGUACUUUGACACCAAGCUCAAUCCAGCUGAUGAUCCCACCCGCGAUCAACUCUUGCGUGAGCCUUCAGUUCCCCUUCCAGGAUGGUGGUCAGAAGUUUGCGAUGGCCGCAGUUUUGACUUUGACCAGUGGCUGAUGAUGCAUGGCGCUCCCAAAGAUUAUGCCGGAGUUGACUUUGGUGAACUUUGUGGAGGUGAAGCCAUUGACCUCAGACCACAGCAGCAACUGAGAAAAAGCUUGCCGGAGAGAGAGCUGGACAAGACCAACCGCCCUGACGCAAUGCUUGUCCACCCUGAGAUAGCCCAGAGAGCAGAUGCUUCAAUGAAAACGGAGAGACCGUGCGACUAUGAGCCGGAGGCCUAUGCUAUCCUGCAGUCCUUCGACCUUUCGCAGUUUGUCUUCGCUGGUGAGAAGCCUGACCUUUCACGACCUGGUGCUCUUGAUCUUUUCAGCGGCCGAGCCGGUGUGGCAAAGCAGCUCAUCAAGCAGCAAGUGCCUGAAGUUAAACACGUGCCGGUCUUGGCACAUUCAGCUACGUUCAAGCCCCUCUUCAACGCCCAUCCAACUCCCGUCGAGACGGCUGCCGCAAGCAUUCUGCCAAGACCUCCAGGGUAUGGUUCAGCAACUUGUGUCCAGGGAACGCCCUUGGCGCGACAAGGUGCCAAGCCUUUCAUGCAGGUCGCCUGGGAGCUUGUGGAUCGUUGGGAGAUGCAAAGCCCUGUUGUUCACAGGACUCCUGUUCCUGAAGUUCUUGUCAAGGCAAUGUGCAGCUUAGCUUGGUUCAGAGGCUGGUAUAGUUGGGUUGGCAUAACGUUGCUAGCUUUCUAUGGUGCUGGUCGCUUGGGAGAAGUGAUAAACUGCAGAAGAAGUGACUUGCUGCUGCCUGAUGACCUUUGCGAAGCCACUCCUGUCGUUUUCCUUCAGCUGCGGAGGUUCAAAAGCCUUCAGAGAGUUGCGGCAAGUGUUCAGCAUAUGAAAGUGAGUGAGCCGAUCGCCGUCAAGCUCAUUCAAUGUGUUUUCAAGCUGCUCCCAUAUGAUGUUCUUCUCUUUCCACAGACUGCUUACUACUACCGGAAGCUUUGGAACGUUCUCCUUCAAGACCUAGGUUUUCCUACUUCCUGUGGUUUAACUCCUGGCGGUCUUCGUGGAGGAGCAGCUGUUACGCUGGAGUCAUAUCUACAAGAAGUUGCUGCCAUGAAUGCCCUUGCUGACCUUCCUGAAGGUGCCAGACGGACAACGGCCAUAGCUGGCAUUUUACCUUGGAAGCUGGGCAGCUGCUUGUUUGUCACCAUCUUCGACCUCCUCUUUGUCGAGCGCUAUGGCGACAUCCUUUUGCACUGCUUGUUUGUCACCAUCUUCGACCUCCUCUUUGUCGAGCGCUAUGGCGACAUCCUUUUGCAGUUGCAGCUACCUCCUAACCUUCAUGGGAGCGAUGGAAAAAGUUGCACCAGAGCUGCUGCUACACCUUGCACAUCAAAUGCAGUUGCAAACAUAUAUAUAUAUAAUAUGAUUGGAACGUGCAUGACAGCAACCUUUCAAUUCAGCCGUCAUAUGCUCCGCAUUGCCGCCGUUGCUCGGCUCAAGGGGCCACUCACGGCUCCAGACGACCGCCAGCUCGCUCAGCCUAAAAAGGAGCACUGCUGCUGCGAUAGAGAUUCCCUUUAUCAUCUAUGCGGAGGUUGA